UAUUAGAUGAGUAAGGAUGGAAGAUGAGAAAACUGGAGAGACGUUAGUCUCAACCUCGACCCCUCACCACGCAAGGUCAAACAUUCAAGAUCGAAUGUCAGGAAUGUUAAAUUUGCACCAAAAUUAGUCCGGCUUGAUAAAUCACCUAAAUAAAACCAGAAGAGCACGGAAAAUACUUAAGAAGCCAGGGGAAUCAGGAAGCCGAAUCCGAGGGGUUAAUUAUCAGCUUAUUAAACUAUGAGAGGAGGUUUAUGAGACGAACCAGAUCGAAACGACACUGAAAAGUCCUCUAAAUGACAAAUUACUACAUACCCAGAAAAGCCGAUCAAAUAAAGUUAAGAAGGAGGCAAAGGUGUUUCAAGAAAUUAUUAGUGUCAGAAAGGAGAAACGGCUCAAAAGAAUCGCUCAUAAAAAGAAGUUGGUUGUUAAAAUCUCUCCUGAAAGGAACAUCUGUGAGCAAGGAAGUAGCUCCUCAUUCAUUCAAGACGAGAAUGAAGAUGAGGUGAGAAUCCAAAAUAGGGAGCAAACACCUACAUUUAAAAAUAAGAAAAAGCUACGCAAAGUGUCAAAUAUUAAAAAUUCGUUUUCAUUAAGAGUUUCGAAAAAGACUCAAAGGAAGAGGCCAAAGUACAAGAAAUCCAGGAUUUCAGAAAGUGAGCACGAUUUCUCCUCAAACAGAGAGUAUUCUGAAGAGCAAGGGAGGAAAGCAAACAACUUAUUCUCGAAUCAUUGUAUCACAAAUUCUGUGUUAACCAAGCCUGAAACCAAGAUCGUAGACAUUUCGAAGUCCACUUUGUCAUCCUUGAAACAAUCUAGAGCAAAGAGCAUCAUGAAUUCGGGAAAGAACCGAAGAUAUGUUGAUGCAUCUCUUGCGUCUGGAGAGUCUAGCUGGAAUUCCGAAACCAUGAGCAUUCUUCACAGUGUGAAACCAAGAAAGUAUGGCAAGCUUGAUGGCGAAAAGAAACUGGAAAGUAUAUUUAAAAUAUAUAACCGGAAGGAUAUGAUCUCUAAAGUUAACUCAUUAAGGAAGAAUAACCACAAGGAGAACUUCAGAAGUAACCAUUUUAAGGUGACUACCCCUAGUGAAGACGAAUAUGAUUCCUCCUACUUGGGGAAGCUAGGACGAAGCAAGAAUAAAAUCAAUACUUCGUUGAAUAGUUUCAAAUAAAAGAUCGAAUAAUUUAAUUCCAGAAGUGAUUGAAGGUGAGAUGAGUCAAGACGCUACACCUAACAGCAGUUCGAAGAAAAUCAAGAAUUUUCAUGUCAAUGAAGAUCAUUCUGAAUCUCUGAGGAAGACUGUUCAUAAUUUUAACGAAGCCACUCAGAUUAGUUCUGAUGAAGCUAGACACCAGCUUGUGAGAAAAGCUACUCACACAAGUAAAAAUAGAAGGAUGUUAAAAACUUAUAUGAACAAUAACAUGCAAAUGAAGACAUUCGUACCUCUUCGAUCACAGCAAAUGACAGCCAGCGAAGUUAAGAGCAAUAUUCAGGAAGAUGAUUCUUACCUCCCGGCUGAGACAAAGACUUUGAAUUCUCGAGAGAGUCCUGAUAAUCACCUCUCAAAAAUAUAUGUACGCUCAGGGUAUCAUGAAAGAGGAACUUUUAGGAACGCUCAUUUACAUAAGAAUAACUGUAGCCUCCAGAGGUCGAUUCCUAGGAACGAAUAUAUGCCGUCUUCACUCUGAGGGAACAGCUAUAUGGAUUUGAGUAAACCCUUGUUUCAUAAAAGGCACUUGGAGUAAGCUCCAAACGAUCAGAUACAAUAAGUGCUACCAAAUCUGGUAGGCAUAUUUAAAACAAAUCUCAUGUCCCAAUAGAACCUGAGGGAUACUUAUUAAUUGUUGAUUUUAACUAAUCUU